CUUUUUUCAUUUCUUUUUCGCAUCCAUUUUUUUCUCCCUAAAGAGCUUUCAUUACCUACCGCAAAGAGAUUUUUUCUUUCUCAAAAAGGGCUUAUGAUGAGAUUCUCAAUCAAAAAGUAUAUAAAAAAGGCAACAGCAUCAGCAAUAAGUAGCAGUGAUAGUAGCAAAAACAAAAAAGAGAAGAACGGCCAUAGUACAUUUACUUCAUCGUCUUCAGAAGAGUCAGUUGUAUUACAGCAGCAACAGGAGCAAAAGCCAGCAUCGGUAGACAACAAGUCUUUGUUACAGCUACAUUUGCCGAAUGACUUUGCUCGCCCUUUCGACGUACCUGAACUGCAUGGAGACUAUAUAAAUGAGAGGAUUAGUGUUUUGACUACAGCAACCACAACUACUACUAGCGCAACAUCGCCUACUUGCUCUCAAAUAUCUUCUGCUUCCUUUUUUGAUGCAAAUGAAGAUCUUGAAGAAGACAGUUACAAUUAUAAUAAUAGACAUUCAGUAGAACAGCGCUGUCUUAUAGUGGAUGACCUAGGAGUAGCAGAAAAUACCGUUCGUAAUAAUGGCGACAGCAACAGAAACGGCCCUGCAGCGCUUUGUCUAGAGAAACGGCAUUACUCUAUAGAUGACCAACAUUCUCUUUCUAUAGCUGGCAGAAAGUCAGAUGAAAGUCCAUUUAGUAACGUCAUACCAACAUCGGGCUCCGUAGAUACCGAAGCAUCAUUCAAUAAGUUAUUUGAAUGUAACGAGAAAAACGACGAUUUAUCGUCCAGUAAGAAAAUUGAUAAAGAACAACGUAGCAAAGGCAAUGAUGUAGCCUCAAUUGUUAGUAGCUGCAGUACCAAUAUUACAGACAUUAUCCAAAAUACCGUUAUUAAUGAUGAUGAUCAGAGUAUCACGAAUCUUUUGGCCGAGUCGGUUUGGGAUAUUGACGAUAUAAGCUUCAACACAGAAGAUGAAGAGUACAUCAAGUCAAAAGAUGAAGAACAUGAUAAACAGCCGGAUAACACAGCAGACGUAGUUGAUCUGCUUAGUGUGCAGAACAAAGUUUCCGCAAAAGUUACAGAACAAGCUUCAAAUGAGAGUAAUUGCAGUGCCUCAGUAAUAUACAGAAACAAUGAAGAAGCUAUGAUUAAUUUUGGUGAGCGUGCACAAGACAAAGAAAAUACGGAUACAGCUACCAACAUGAAUGGGCAUGAGGACAACGAAGCAGAAGUAGUCGACGAAAUUGAUAUAGCAAGCUUGACACUUACUGAAAGCAAGUCUUUUGUCGCAGAAAUCGAAAACUCAUCCCGCUGUCAAUGGGCUAAAGAUGGGCUUGCCAUUGUUAGACAGCAAGAUUCUCAAACAAUUGUUGACCCUACGCUAUCUAUUCAAAACGAAGAGAAAAAGCGCAUGGCAAGCUUCAUUCCAAGAAGAUUACCUACCAACAAGAUAUCCAAAUCACUAAAGGUAGAAGAUGGCCAAGUAACGACAGCUUCAUUAACUGAGAAGCCACAAAGAAGCUAUAUUCCAGUAUUGGCUACCAAGCAGCCUUACAAACGACGAGGCUCCACUAUUACAGCAAUUGACAGAAUAGGGAAUAAUAGCCUUUCUACUACUUCUUCUACGGAUUCAACCAUAUCAACUGGUCUUUCCUCGUCCUUAUCCAGUUUGUCUCUAACCUCAAACAUAAGCCUUGGCAGUGCUAACUUCGUGAAAACUUCUGAAGUAACAGUGGUUUCUUCUCAGAAAAAGCGUCCGACUUCCAUUUCUUUAAUCCCAAAGUAUAACAACUGCUAUCCAAGCAACAAGCAACAGAUAACUGUUGCUAUUAGCCUAUCCUCUGGUAGUAUUACGGAAACAGCAACAGCAACAAAUACUGGUGACCCUGGUAGUAGUAUUGCUCGGAGUAGUAACAGCAAAAUACCUAGGAGAAGAGUGUCCGUUGGUCUUUUAUAAAAUUAACUGGCUCAUGACUCUCAAAAUAAUGUAACUGAAC